AUGUUGGAGGAGGGGGAGAGCCAAGGUAACCCCCCCAUGGCCACCCCCGUCUCUCUUUCGGUUAGUCUGGAUCAUAUGUGGGCUCCUUGGGGCAGAGUCCUUGGCACAGACGGGGGCAGCCCCUUGAGCGCAGGCGCAGAAGCAGGAAAACUGCAGAGAGGGAGGGGUGCCCUCGGCUUUGCAAGAGUUAAAAGGAGCAAAGCUGGAUUCCUAGAGAGGACAGGAAGUGAAGGGGGGUCAAGGUCCUCCAUGGCUAAAUUCCCUCCCUCCCACCUCCCUUCCUACAAGCAGAGAGGAGGUUGCUUUGUUUUCUCUCCUUUACCAAAGCUUCCUUGGGGCCCCUCCUGGAAUCCGUGAGUCUCCUCUCUCUUCCCCCCGAGAGUGCAAUGGGGAGAUUGGGGUCCCUGUUCAGAUCAUGCACGGUGGGGGGAGAAGAGAGAAGAAGAGGAGGAGUUUGGAUUUGAUAUCCCGCCUUUCACUCCCCUUCAGGAGUCUCAAAGUGGCUAACAUUCUCCUUUCCCUUCUUCCCCCACAACAAACACUCUGUGAGGUGAGUGGGGCUGAGAGACUUCAGAGAAGUUUGACUAAUCCAAGGUCACCCAGCAGCUGCAGGUGGAAGAGCGGAGACGCGAACCCGGUUCCCCAGAUUACGAGUCCACCGCUCUUAACCACUACACCACACUGGUCCUCCCUUUCCUCUCUGCCAAGCCAGGGAGGGGGCCAGUUCGCAGGAGGUCUGCAGCUCUGUUCUUCCUUGGGAUCCAGAUGCUGCCUUCCUUUUUGGGGAGGGGGCUUUGGGUCAAGAAAAACUGGGCAUGCAGAUAAACCCCCUUCAGACUGAGGAGUAAGUCACUUUUGUGAACAGAGGCUGCAGCCAGAUGGGAAGAUUUGCACAUGGAGGAAGCACAGGGAGAAGAAAAGCCCGCCUGCAUCUGUAGCAGCACAACUGGACCACUUCCUCUGUCCCAGAUGCAACAAAACAUGCCUCUCCCCUGUUCAGGCUAAAUAAGUAGACGAACUAAUGUCAAAGCAAAUUUCAGAUGUAUUUUCAGGAAAUGCUAAAGCAAGGAUGAAAGACUCCUUAUCCCACCAUUCUGGGACAAAUGCGGAGCGAUUAUCAAUAACUGGGUGGCUUGUACUACUAACAGAGGACAUGGAACACAUAAAAUCCUUUUCCCCCCUGACUGUGAUAAAAUCCAUCCUAUCCUGAUAGGUACUUGCAAAACCUUCUGGGAGAAAAUCUAGCAGAGGGUCUGUGGGUUUUGAUAAACAAGAAAUGGAAAUUGGUGUUAUCUCAAAAUAGACUAGUUCUAUCAAGCUACCCUAAGGCGUUGGGAAUCUUGUCACAAGAGGAGUGUAAAGCUCACCUCAGGAGUUUUUUUAAAGGGUCUACAUGCCUGGUGUCUGAAGAACAGAAGAGAUUUAGGACAUGUGGAAGAUCUAAUUUUGAUGGCUUCCAUGCCGGGGUGGAGACUGGAGACUUGUGAAGAUGGUGUAUAAACACAGAUAAUGUCUAAGGAGGAGUGGUGUAUUCGUCAACCCCAGACAGAGGCAAAUAUGGCCACAACAUCUGGCUUGUGAUGAGAGAGCUCAAAGAUUGUGAACAGGGCUCUCCAUACAAAGCACCUAGCAUGGGGGCACCUACAUGUAAUAUCUACUCUGCUCUUUUCUGCCCAUGCUCUGGGGCUGGUUUUCAGGCUUGGGGACAGGAUGGUGACUGGUUUUUGCACCAAGUUCUGUCAAUUAUCCCCACUGAGUUCAAAGGGAUCUACUCUGAGGUCACUACUGUGCAGACCAUGCCAGCCUUACGAAGUGGGGUGAGGAGUAUACAGAGGAAAUUGGAAUCACUGGAGAUGUUUAGAAAUGGGGCUUCUCUUGGGAAGGGGCUGCCCCAUUUGCGCUUCUCUAGGGGCAGGAGAAUAUCUAGGGCAAGAGAAUCCCUGCAGGGCCUCUGAGGCUGCCUUUGCUUCUUCCUCUCUCCCAGGACCCUGCAGCUCGUUUUGGCUCCUUGACUCCUCAGGAAGGAUGAAAGAGACGGAUCCUGCAAACCUAAGGAAGAUGGAAGGGGGAAGAUGGACGGUUGACCUGGUCAGGUUGUCUCCUGCAUCCCUCCCCACAACCUCUGAGCGUUCCCUCCCAGGGACCUCCGAGAGAUCUGGUGAGUCCCAGGGGAGUGGAGAUGGGGACAUGGAUGGAUGAAGCCAGAGAGGUAUCAGGGCUUGCUCAGCUUGGGGGGGUGGGAGGAGGCAGGCAGGCGGAUGGAGAUGGAGAAGGGGAGCACUUUUUUGGGCUCCUCCACCUGCUUCCUGCCUGCACCUUUGUAAUCUGCAGGCAUUUUGAGCUAGGAAUACAGCUGAACCUCAGAAGUCGAACAGAAUCCAUUCUGGAAGUCGGUUCAACGUCCGAGGCGUGACUUUUGAUUGGCUCUUGCAAUGGGAAGAGCCGAUCGGAAGCUGCAAUGACGCCACGUCACUUUCUUUCCCUGGCACUGCUGGGCCAGCCCUCUGCUUCCCUUUCCCUCAGGCGAAAUCCCAAUGGAGUAUGAAUCACGAGCGACAGUGGGUUUUCUUUGGGAAAACAGGUUGCAAACAAACUUUAUUAUAACAGAUGUAAACAAGGAGUUUUGGUUCUUCUUCCACUGAAAUAGAACAAACAGUGCUGUUGUUCUUUUCUAUUAACAUGAAUAUGGAUUCAAGUUAUAGGCUGUAUGUUGUUUAGGCUUAAGGUUACUUCCUUUUACACAUUUUCCAUGGAUCAGACUUCUGCACACAAAUUUCUGGAACUGAAUCCUGAUCCUGCGUCCUGUGUGUGUUGCCUUUUUCUUUUCUUUUUGGAAUAACUUUGCUUUUAAAAACAAGGAUCAUAGGACCACUAAAUGAUGAAAUAUGUAGACCAGGGGUCAGCAAUCUACCAUCCUUGGGCUGCAAGCGACUCACGGGGGUCAUUUAACCGGCCCCUGAGCUGCCCCCAAGCCGUCCGCUUGGUGAGUCCUGUGUCUACACACGUGAUCCUGCCCACGGAGUGAUCUCCGUGAGAGUGAGCCAGGCCAGGCGAGGUAAAGCUUGCCGACCCCUGAUGUAGACCCAGUCUUCUCAUGUCAUUUGUAUAUCUCAAAACUAGCAGAAUCUAUUUGCAGGAAUAUCUGUAACAUACGAUUCAUCAUUAGCGGUCAGUGUGUGAGUUCUGGGUUCAUGAAAUGUUUUAAACUGGAACAAAAAAUAGGGAAACAGGAGAGAACAGAGAGCAUUCAACACUGCAUAGCUGAAUGCCUAGUCAGGAGCUCUUGCGGCUGUUGUGUUUAGAUUAAGUGUGAGUUAUAGUCACUUUUCCUCUUAUGUUUCCAAUGAAACAAUACGGAGUUGGUCUCCUCAUGAACACGGGAGGGGGGGUUCAAACUGAAGAAAGUGAUUUAUGUAUAAAUUUAAAUUUAGACCAAUCAGUGAGGCAACUGCUGAUGGGGUGUAGGUUUCAUAGACAAGGCAUGGACGUUGCUGGAUCCUGACCACAGAGCUCUGCAGAAGGAAGUAAAGGAGGAGAAUCCUGGGAUCAUGGACCCUCUCAGUAAAACUCCCUGUUGGAUCAUAAAAUCAGUUUUGAAAUUUCAUACAUACCUCUAUGUCAGGGGUCAGCAACCUGCAGCCCAUGGGGGGUUUAAACGGGCCACAAGACACCCCCGAACCAAGCCACCUGCUCAGCGAGUCCCCGCGUGCUGCGCUAAGCCAGUCCAGGGCGGGGACUCGCUUCCAUGGUGCUGGAAAUCAGAUGCAGACGCAUGAGCGAUCCAGACCAUGGCGGGAUCUUCGCAGGGCUGAACUGACCCAGGCAAGGUGACCCCUGCUCUGUGUGAUGAACCUUCACUAUUUUGAUGGAGAUGAAAAGCUAAGCAGUUGGCUCCUUACUUCUCUCACCCUGACCUAGCCACUGUGAUCCACAUGACAGACACCUCCAGGCUUGAUUAUUGUAACUCACUCUACGUGGGGAUGCCCUUGAGAGUGACCCAGAAACUCCAGCAGAUACAGAAUGCUAAGGCAGGACUCUGGUGGGUCUGGAAGCGUUUCGCAAGAAAUACCUCUGCUCACUCAGAUAGAUAUUUACAGUCUUUAUUUACAUACAUAUUCACAAGGUACAGGACAUAGCUUUCAUGCAUCUGAAUCCUCGGUAGCAGAUCCAGGAAGUGGGAGCUUUUGGCUCCUCCUCCAGCAGAGGAGCUUGGGAAGCCCCAAGCGCCUCCUUUGUUCCCUACAUUUUAACCCCCUUCUGUCCUGUGCUGAAGGAGUGGGCACUCUGAACUGGUCGAGUGGUGUUGAUGGUCUCCAGCAUUUGGGAGCAUCCGCGCCGCUUGAGUUCCUUCCGCUUACUUGUCCUCCUCUCCCUCUCCUGUCUUUUCUAACGGCUCCUGUUCUUCCCCCUCCCUCAGCUCCGGGGCAUUCCCUGGCAGCCCCGUGACAGACUCCUUACGGGGUCCUCACUGCAGGAUCACAUUCACCCAGUUCUGUACCAGCUGCACUGGCUCCUGGUGGAGUACAGGGUCAGGUUUAAGGUGCUGGUUUUAACCUUUAAAGCCCUAAACAGCCUAGGACCCUCAUACCUACGGGAGCGCCUCUCCUGGUCUGCCCCACGGAAGACCUUACGGUCUUCAAGCAAAAACAUGUUCGAGGUCCUGGGCCACAGGGAGGUUAGGCUGGCCUCAACCAGAGCCAGGGCCUUUUCGGCCUUGGCCCCGAUCUGGUGGAACACUGUCACAAGAGAUUAGGGCCCUGCGGGACUUGACACCUUUCCUCAGGGCCUGCAAGACAGAGCUGUUCCACCAGGCCUUUGGCCAAGGCACAGUCUGACCCCCUCUCUCCUUCUGUAAUCAUCCUAGAAUUCUAACCUGGUGGUUGCUAUUAAUAUGAUUCUGAAUUAAUUCUAAAAUGUAUUUUAAUUGACUGUGUGAUUUUAUGUACACUGUGCUUUUUUUACCUGUUGUUAGCUGCUCCGAGCCCGGCUUUGGCCGGGAAGGGCGGAAUACAAAUAAUUUAUUAUUAUUAUUAUCAUCAUCAUCAUCAUCAUCAUCAUCAUCAUCAUCAUCUGGGAUUCCAACAUCCUCACCGUGAAUCCUGAAUGGAGGGAUAUCAACUGUUUUCUCUGUGAAUAUUCUUCAUUUCGUCAAGCUUUUUUAAGCAAUGGCCAGGCUUCUUUGAACUACCCAGGCUUUUUUAAAUGUCAUCUUCAGAUUUUUUAGGGUCACGACUGGACAAACAGGCCAAACCCUAUGCCAAAGGAUAAGAGGUAAAGGUAAAGGGACCCCUGACCCUUAGGUCCAGUCGUGACCGACUCUGGGGUUGUGGCGCUCAUCUUGCUUUAUUGGCCAAGGGAGCCGGUGUACAGCUUCCGGGUCAAGUGGCCAGCGUGACGAAGCUGUUUCUGGCGAACCAGAGCAGCGCAUGGAAACGCCGAUUACCUUCCCGCCGGAGCGGUACCUAUUUAUCUACUUGCACUUUUUGUGCUUUCAUACUGCUAGGUUGGCAGGAGCAGGGAUCGAGCAAUGGGAGCUCACCCUGUGGCGGGGAUUCGAACCUCCGACAUUCUAAUCAGCAAGUCCUAGGCUCUGUGGCUUAAGCCACAGCGCCUCCCACACCAAAGGAUAAAUGGACAUAAAUCUGAUAUCAGGAAUCACAAGACAGAGAAACCAGUAGGAGAACACUUCAGUCUCCCGGGACAUUCUAAACAAGAUCUCAAAGCAGCUGUCUUAUUACAAAAGAAUUUCAGAAAUAGACUGGAAAGAGCAGUUGCUGAAUUGCAACUUCUUACCAAACGUAAAACCAUGGAGAGACCUGGUCUGAAUAGAGACAUUGGAUUCUUAUCUCAUUAUACAUGGUAUAUGUAGCUAUUUUUAGCCAUCUCACCCCUUGCUUUUCCUGGAAGACUAAUUGCAGUCGUUAAUAGUCAUCAACAGAUUUACCACACCUAUCAGCCAAUCACCCAUUCCCACCACCCUUCUGAGUAAUACCCCUCCCCACCCUCUCACUAUAUAUAAGGGUCUGGUGACUUCUGUUUCAGUGUAUCUGGAAAAGUGUGCAUGCACACAAAAGCGCAUACCAAUAACAAACUUAGUUGGUCUCUAAGGUGCUACUGGAAGGAAUUUUUAAAUUCAUUAACAUCUUUCAAUAAUCUGGGGAAUAAUCUUCCUGAGGCUCUAAUUAGCUUCUCCAUUUCAGAUGGUGAUGAAUUGGAAGGGAAGAACAAAGGGGAUCAAAACAGAAUCCACACAGCGGAGAAGUCAAAUAAAUAUUCAGGGUGUGGAGAGAACAUCCGUCAGAGCUCCCAGUGCACCUCCCAUCAAGGACACAGCUUCAUUCGGAGGCAUAGCCUUACUUCACACGAAAGAACUCACAGUGGAGAGAAAUUGCAUCAGUGCUUGGAAUGUGGAAAGGGCUUUCGUCGGAAGCAUUCUCUCAUUUCCCAUCAAAGAAUUCAUACAGGAGAGAAACCUUAUCAGUGUUUGCAGUGUGGAAAGUGCUUCAGUCAGAGGAGCAAUCUGACAACCCAUCAAAGGAUUCAUACAGGGGAGACACCCUAUAAGUGCUUGGAAUGUGGAAAGAGAUUCAGACAGAGCUCAGAGCUCACUUCCCAUCACAGAAUUCAUACAGGGGAGAAACCCUAUGAGUGCUUGGAAUGUGGAAAGAGAUUCAGACUGAGCUCAGAGCUCACUUCCCAUCAAAGAAUUCAUACAGGGGAGAAGCCUUAUCAGUGCUUGGAAUGUGGAAAGAGCUUCAGUCAGAGCAACAGUCUCACUUCCCAUCAAAUAAAUCAUACAGGGGAGAAACCCUAUCAGUGCCUGGAAUGUGGAAAGAGCUUCAGACAGAGGCACGGUCUCACUUACCAUCAAAGAAUUCAUACAGGGGAGAAACCCUAUCAGUGCUUGGAAUGCGGAAAGAGCUUCAGUAACCGCCAAAUUCUCACUUCCCAUCAAAGAAUUCAUACAGGGGAGAAACCCUAUCAGUGCUUGGAAUGCGGAAAGAGCUUCAAUUGGAGGACUAGUCUUACUUCCCAUCAAAGAAUUCAUACAGGGGAGAAACCUUUUCAGUGCCAUGAAUGUGGAAAGAGCUUCAUUCAGAAGUAUACUCUCACUUCCCAUCAAAGAAUUCAUACAGGUCAGAAACCAUAUAAAUGCUUCCAAUGUGGAAAGAGCUUCAUUCACAGCCACGAACUCACCACCCAUCAAAGGAUGCAUACAGGUGAGAAACCCUAUCAGUGCCAGGAAUGUGGAAAGAGUUUUCAUGAGAGGGGAAAACUUGCUAAGCAUCGAAGAAUUCAUACAGGGGAGAAACCAUAUCAGUGCUUGGAAUGUGGAAAGAGCUUCACCCAAAGGGCCCAUCUCCUGACCCAUCAAAAAAUUCAUACAGGUCAGAAACCCUAUCAAUGCUUGGAAUGUGGAAAGAGCUUUCGUGAUAGGGAUAAACUCACUUCCCAUCAAAGAAUUCAUACUGGGGAGAAACCCUAUCAAUGCUUGGAAUGUAGAAAGAGCUUCAGUCGGAGGGAUAGUCUUACUUCCCAUCAAAGAGUUCAUACAGGGGAGAAACCCUAUCAGUGCUUGGAAUGUGGAAAGAGCUUCAGAUGGAAGGUUAGUUUCACCUCCCAUCAAAGAUUUCAUACAGGAGAGAAACCAUAA